AUGAGCAGCAGCGAGGGGGUUGUGACAGGUCAGAGUACCGGUAGCGAUCGUCUCUGCGAAGACGUCGAUAUGGCAACGCCAACGUCCGCCUCGUCGAACUUGAAACCGCGAAGCGGCAAGAUUAGCUUUAGCGUGGACUCCCUGCUGAGCGACAUGAAGAAGACAGCCGUUACCGGCGGCGCGUUUGCCAGACGAGAGAGUGAGGAUCGAUUGGAGUCUGAGAAGAGCCUGGACAUAGAGGCCAGAUACCGCGAGUUGUUGAUGGAACAACAAAGGCUACAGAGCAGAGAGUUGUUGGCGAGACUGAGCCCGCACGGUCUUACGUUCGGCAAUCAUCAUCAUCAUCAUCAUCCUACGAGCAGACUGGACCAGGAUCAUCCGUCGGCUGGCCGGCAGGAGAUCCUCACUGUGAAGGAUUUCUCCAGAACUACCAGCCACGACAAAUCCUCCUCGCCGAUUAGAAUAGACCAGGAGGCUCAGAGGGAUCGGGACGAUCGACGGUUGUCCGCGAGUUCGCCGGCCAAUCGAAUCGCCGAAUCGAUGAUCCAACGGGAACGCGGUCAGGAGGAGGACGAGAGAAUCGACAGGAUCGCGAAUCCACGAUCCGUGUCGCCGGUUAGCAGACGUGAAAUCAUGGACGAUCGUAGCGACUCCGAGGCGAAUCGUUCCCUGGAGGGCGACCGAACCACCGAUCAUCUCGAUCUCGAGGAUCAAGAGAUCAGAAGCGUGGGCCAGUCCGAGGAUCUGAACGUGAUGGACUCGGACUGCGAACUCGAGAGGGACAUGGAGAGUAACCAGGAGAAGGAGGAGAAGUCCAGCCCGGUAGUGCCUCAGCCGAUUCAUCCCGGUGUACAGAGGUCGUCCCAGGGACCGCCUUACCUGGCCGGUGCACCCGGUGCUCCCGGCUGGAAUCCCGCGGGAUUUCCGCAUUCCCUCGCGGGGUUCGCGUGGCUACCCCCACCGCCUCACCCGCACAAUCCUCACGGGCAUCUUUACACGCCCCAUGGAGGACCCACCAGUCCAAACGGUGACUUGAGGCUGCCCGGUCCAGGACCAGGGCCCGUCAGGUGCACCCUAAGGAAGCACAAGCCGAACCGAAAGCCGAGGACGCCGUUCACCACGCAACAGCUGCUCUCCCUCGAGAAAAAGUUCCGCGAAAAGCAGUACCUGACCAUCGCCGAAAGAGCGGAGUUCUCGUCCUCCCUUCACCUCACGGAAACGCAGGUGAAAAUCUGGUUCCAGAAUAGACGCGCGAAGGCGAAGCGGUUGCAAGAGGCGGAAAUCGAGAAGCUCAGGCUGUCAGCGAGGCCGCUGUUGCACCCGAGUUUCGGCUCGGGCCUGAUGUUCUCUGGAGUGGGGCCCCCUGGAACACCAGGAGUGCCUCCCUUCAUCGCGGCGGCCAUGGCUAGGCACACCCAUGUCGCGGCCGCGGCAGCCAUGUUCAUGGGGCCCCCUGGACACAGGCCUUAA